AUGUUGAAUGUAAAAUAUGGAACUGCGUGUCUGCGUUAACAAUAAUAAUAUUUAGUUUGGUUUAAUAUUUAUUUUCAGGAUUGCAAAUCUACCGAAAACAACAAUGACUCUGCAAUGGUUUGCUCGCUAGACGAAACAAUGAAUACAUUUAUGGAAACCUGUAAUGAUACCGAAAUGAAUGCUACAUUUAAUUUUAGUUUGUACGAAGUGUAUAACAUUUUGUUGGAGCACAAAGAAAAUUCUAAAUACAAACUAGACAAAAGUACAGAGGUAAAUACAUUUUUUAAAUGUUUUUCCCGGAAAACACUUUUGACUAGUAAAUAAAUAUUGAUUUUUUUCAUUCCGAACUUUAAACAAUAGGAAUUUUCUGCUUAGAGGUAUUUUAAUUAAAAAUAUAUUUAAUAUAUAAUUUGUUGACACAUUUUCUUAAAAAAAUAUUUGAAAACCAACAACAAAUACCUACUGCAUACUACAUUUGUUUGUCGAUUUCUGGUGAUCACCCUGGCUACAAGGAAAAACAUGAUUAUAAUAUCAGUUUAUCGAGUUUACUACUCAGAAACGGUUUUUAUACUAUUGUUAUUAUCAAUGGUUUACCUUUCCAACUUCCCAUUUAGAACAAUGGUCUAAACCAUGGUUUCAAGGAAUACUCCACUUUAUAAUAAAUAAUGAACAAAACUCAUUAAGAUCACAUACUUAUGUAUAUGUAUUUUCGUCAAAAUUUAAAAUUAAAACUCUUAUAAAAAAAACUACUACAUUAAACUCAACUUCUUUACUUUGACCACUAAAUACAACUUACAUUGAACGUCAUGUUAAAUUUCCAAACAUUUUACGUUUGACCAAACAAUUUUAUGCAUACCAGGUGAUUCAUUUAAGUGGGUACAUUCAUUAUCUCGGAAAGUAUUAACUUUUUUCAGAAUUUGUUUUAUUAACUAAUAAUCCAUCUAUUUAUGGAAUUUUUACUAUAAAUUGUCAUUUGAAAAUCAAAAGUAAGUAGUGGUUUCACCCCCAAAAAUAAAGGUUAUAAAAAAUAACAUAAAUAUAAAAUUGUAGAGCUGGUUAUUCCUUAAAUGUUCUAAAAAACAAAUUCUGAAAAAAAUUAAUACUUUUAGAGAUAAUGAGUGUACUCAUUUAAAUGAAUCACUUUGUAUAACAUAACAUUCUAAUAUUUUUGUAAUCAUCAAUAUUAUUUGUUAUUAUAAAACUGCACUAUUUAACAUUUAACAGUAAAAACGCAUAAUCAACUAGCAAAAUCAAUACCAAAAAUUACCUCGAAUUCGGUAUUCGAUACUAUCUUAAGUAACGAAGGAAUCAAUUUACGAUGUAUCGAAUUGCCUAUCUAUAAAAAGAACGCAAUUACUUGAAUUCCUUAAGCAUAAUGAAUAGCGUAUACCAUAUUGUAUUAUGGAUAUUAUAAUGACAUACCUUGAUGCUUGGUUUUUCAAUUACGUGUCACGUUAAAAUAAUAUGAACCAUAACCCAAAUAAAAGAUUAUCCUCUAGAUUAUUCUGAAUAUAUUCAGGAAGUACCUACUUACCAUUUCCCGUCAUCUUCUAUACAUGUCUUCGUGUAGACACGCGAAUAAUCAGCUCAUAUUAUAAGUUACUAUAUAUUAUUAUAAUACUCACCCAUUUAAAACAAUAUCCCUGUUCCAAAAAUAAUGUCUAGUUAAAACGAGUUCAAAUAUGAAAUUAUUUUCUUUUUGUUUUGCUUGUUUCAAUAGCUUUUUAAACAAAAUUAUUGUUACUAGUUUUAUCUUUACUUUUUAAAUAUUCUUUAAGGGUUUAUUUCAGCCCUUAAAAGAUUUAUAAAGAUUUCUAAAGGCUUAUAAUGACGUUUUUAAAGCGAUUUUUUUCUUUUAAUGAUUUUUAGUGCUAUAGUCCUGAACUUUGCUCAUAAAAAUAAACAAAUUCAUGUUGAAUAUUUUAUAAUUUUUCGUUUAUUUUUAUGUUUUUUCAGACUUUACUGAUAAUUAUGUACUUGAGUUUGAUGAUCAUCGGUCUGACUGCCAACCUGAUGGUAAUUUACGUGGUUGCCAGACGCGCUCAAAUGCACACCUCUCGGAACCUAUACAUUGUGAAUUUGGCCAUUUCCGAUAUGACCCUGUGCUUGGUGUGCAUGCCAUUCACGCUGACCGCAUUGAUUCGAAACCAUUGGACCAUGGGAAUCCUGGUCUGUAAACUCGUGCCUCUCCUCCAGGGUACCAACAUCAUGGUUUCGGUAGGCACAAUAACGGUCAUAGCGAUCGACCGAUACUGGGCGAUAGUCCGUGGGUCAGCACAAAACGAACGGCGUACGGUGUACGUGUCCAUCGCCACCGUAUGGUUCUUGGCAGUCUUGACUGCAACUCCAGUAGCGUAUUAUCAGGUGAACGACACGCGCGAGUUUAAAGGAAUGAUUAAAUAAAUUGGCCCUAUACAGGGUGUCUAACAGUAUUAUCCUUAUGCUAAUAAUUCUGUCAAUAUUAAUUUUUUUUUCAAUCAAAUUUUGUACAAGGGAUACACAUACGUUGAGAAAAAUUAAAUUUUAAUUUUGAUCCCUUAACUAUUGGGAAAAAAAAUCACUUCAAAAUUUUCAAAACAACCAUUUUGUAAAAGGUAUUAUUCUAAAAAUUUGAAAGUAACAUACAUUCAAAUCUAAUUAUUAGUUUUUAGUAAUAGCCGUUUUAAUUUCUAGAAAAUUGGUUUUAAAACAAUUAAUUUUCAAUAGAAUAACCUAACGUUACGAGAUAAUGAAUCAGGACCAUAAUUAAUGGAGGUUUUUAAGGGCACUUGCCCCGGGCAGUAGAUGUUUGAAAACAUCCGGAUACCGGAAUACUAUAUGAAAAAUGUAAAACUUUUUGACCCUUGGCUUAGGAAAUGUAUGGAAAAAAAAUAUCAACUUCAAAAAAUAAAGAUUAAUUUGUAUAUAUAUGAUUUGGUUUGCAAAUUAAUACGUCAAGAUUUCACGUGACAACAUAAUGGCAAUGGAGCAUCCAGCGAACACAAAAUAUUUUAGUAUAUAAAUAUAAUCGUUUCAGUGGUUAUAUAAUUUAUUUUUAAACAAAAUGAAUAAACACUUAACAGCCAAUUCAGACUGUUGUAUACAUGCGUUUUUUCUGAGUGUUGCAAAGAAUGUAUUAGUUUUACGAAGAUGUUUAUUUUUUUUUUUUUAUGGGAACACUAUUUCUACCAGAAAGCUUACUCCAAUAUAUACUUUAUAGACCUUUUUCUGAAAGAAAAUUUCCUCAGGAUUUUUCUCAUCAAAUGUGAAAAACCGAAAAAAACUGGAGAAAAACUGAAAAAUUUACGAAAUAUAUUAACAAAUAUUAUGAUUUUUUUUUUCUGUAAACAACUUUUCUACCAACAAUUUUGCUUCAAUUUACAAUAAUAGUACUUUUUCUGAAAGGAAAUCUGAUUAGGAAGGUACUAAGAGGAUGUCGAUUUUCGAUUUUCUCAAGAAUUUUCCAAGGAAGUAUGAAAAACCAGGAAAAAUGUAGGAAAAACAGGAACAUUACUAUGAUAUUAAACAAAUAUUAUUCAAAAAAAUAUAUAAUGCCUAUUUAAUUAUUUUACUAUAACAUGACGUAUUUAUUGUUACAAAACAUCACUAUCAACUGAACUCCACUCAGAAUUGUUUUUAGUAAACAAUGGUUUAUCGCUGUUUACAGAUAUAAUUUCCCCUGUAUAUAUUACCUAUCUAACUUCUCACAAGCAACUGUGACUACAUCCACCGUGCGAAGUAUGUCCGUCAUUUUAGUAUUUAAAUUAUUCAUGUAACAGUGUGAAAAAAUUUGAUUUCAACAUCUUAAUAAAUAAAGCAUCUUAAUUGCUAAUAGUCCGAAGUAUCGACUUUUGGUUUAUAGGAACAGUAUAUUGAACUUUGAUUUUGUUUUGAUUCACUUGUUGAAUUAAAUAAUAUUGUAAUGAAAUUAUUGUAUUCCAAUAGUUCUAAGUAUUAAUGUAUUGUAUAGUAAUAUUCUGUAAUCAUUACCCCAUAUUAAAUUAAAUAAAUAAAAUGUUAUGAGAUUAUUAUACCUAUUUUUAAAACAUUAAAACAUUGCUAUAUUUAAAUGUAUUUUGAAAUGAGUGAUACAUAAACAGCAGUAUUUCAAACUUGUAAUAAACACAUUUUAGGUAAAUAGUUAUAACGUGCAUGUUUAAAAUUUUUUUUAUUUUUUCCUUAACUUCUCAAAUAUUGGGUAUUUUUAAUUUGUUUACUGCUAAGAGACUCAAAAAAAAAUUUGCCCCGGGCGGAUGCAAAAGUCUAAAUCCGGCCUGUAAGGAAUUAUAAUUAUCACGGUAAUUGACUAUCUUCUUUUGAAUAUUAAUUGUUUUCACGUCUAUAUUCUAUACAUUAAAGCCACUAUAACUAAGAAACUAUUAAUCGUAUAUCAAUGUAUGUUACAAAAAAGUUUUAGAACAAUAUAUUUUGCAAAAUGUCUAUUGUAAAAAUUUUAAAAUGUGAACAAAUAAAAGUUUAUUUUUUCAGUGAUUAAGGGAUGAAAAUAAAAAUGAGAUUUGUCUCUACUCUCUUAAUAUGUAUACCCCUCGCACAAAACCAGAUUGAAAACAAGUUUUAAAAAUCAAUAUUGACAAAGUUAUUAGCGUAAGGAUAAUACUGUAGGAUACCCUAUAUUUUAAAAUGUUUAUAACGGGUAGUGGGAAAUUCUAAAAGAACAGUAGACUUAUGGGAGUUGGAAACCAAUGUUUUCAUUCUUAGUUUAUAUACACUCAUACUCGGAGUGAAAAUUUAAACUAAUUUUCCGAUCAAUGUUGUGAAGCGUUAAGAACUCUGAAACUCGAUGAAUUCGGCGCGAAGUUUACACAUGAGAGCGGUCAGGCAGCCUUUUCCUUAUAUUUCAUUUUGUAUUUUUUUUUUUACACAUUCAGAUCUUCAAAUUAAAUAUUAGAAAAAUAAAGACUAAAUUUCAAAAAAGUGACCCGACCAUAUGUAUACUUCACACUUAAUUCGAAUAUGUUUUCAGAAUUAAUAUCAUUUCACACAUCGGACUGAUAAAUGAACAAUUUCUCUAAAUUAAGAGAAAAUUAAAGAAAUUAAUUAUCGAUGUACAUACAUAAUAAAUGUACAGGCCACUAUAGAGUAAUAGAAAACAAUCGGCAAUAGGUAUUCAAAUUAGUACCUAUUUCUUUUCGUUCAGUAACAAUAAUAAUAAUAUACUUUAAGUUUAAAAUUUCAAUUAUUUUUACCUACCUAUAUGUUAUAUUAUUAUUAUUAUCAUCGAAUCUGUAAAAUUUCACACAUUUUUAAAAAGAUACAGUAAAGUUACGGCGGUAAAUCGAAAAACUCAAUAGGUACCUAACCUAACCUUACAAAAGUUCACGAAAUUUUUUUUGUCAUUAUAUAUUAUACGGAGUUACGCAAGUGCGUCCUGAAUAGCCCUUUUUCAAUGUCCUAAAUGCAUCCGGAAAAAGGUAUCACCCGAGUCGUCCUAAUAAAAAAAGGUCAAUUUGAUGAAAUGUGAUUUAAAUGCGUCCCAGUUCAUUUAGAGUUACUUAGGAUGCUCCAAGAGGAUAAACUAGCUUAAACCUCAACAAUUUUGUUUAAUUUUUAUAUUUUGUAUUGUAUUUGUAUUACUCUUAUAUUUUUCUUACACCCAUUAAUUUAGGAUGAGUGUACUAAUUUUAUUUUACCAAAGUUUUGCUAAAAAUGUAUUAUAUUAAAGGCUGGUGUUAAAUGCCAUACUUUGAAAAAAUCCAAUCUCGAUAUGUCAUUAGUUCGAUAUUUGUUAAUAUUUUCUUCGACUUAGACUUUCUUUUUGUUUUCUUGUUAUUUCUGUGGCUGUUCGGAUUCCUAUUUGAAGUUUUUUCAUUAUUUCUAAAAAUGUAUAAAUAUCUGGGCAGUGUGUACUGUGUAUAAAAUAAAGAAUUUUACUUAAAAUGGAAAUUUUCACAUGCAUUUGUUGUUCUUUCGGAACUAUUUAUCAUUUCUGCCCACGUGAAAAUAGGAAAUUUUGCUUCAGAAUCUAUAUAAUUCUCUGUAAUCAAUAAAUUCAUUAGGUUUUUCAAGUUCCGGCAUUAUAGUUAUCAAAUCUUCAACAAAAUAUUUCUCAACAUCUUCUUUAUUUAUUAAUGGUAAUCCAAAUAAAAUUUUUUGAUUUCCAAAAAUGACGGAACUAUUUCAUUUUAUCGUUCAAUAGAAGACUACACGACUACUAUUAUCAGAGUUGAAAUAAAAUUCUCUUUCCCCAAUGAUUAAAUUAGUUUAUUAUAUAAAAUAGGUGCCUACAGCUACAGAUAAUGUAUCAUACGACUGUGGACAAACUCGGACAAUUUAAUUUAAUUUAUCGAUAAGAUUGCGGACGUACUCGGAUUAUGAAAAAGGUAAAAUUGUUAAACGAGACGCACUCGGGAUAUCCCCAUUCCCCAUAUUAUAAUAAUAUUACCUAUACAAUAAUACAUGAUAGUUAAUAACGGUAAUCAAAAUAAUUAAAAUUCCUAAUGCUAAAUCUAGUAUAAAUCUUUAUGGCAAAACUCUUUUACACGCGGAUUUUUAAGAAACCGAAUGUUUGAACCAGUUUUAUUUUAUUAACUAGUUUUUAACGUUGAAACAUUCAUUAUUAUUUAUUACGUACAGAAACUGCACACUGACUUAUAGAUAAACUGAAAUAUCAAUGUUUAAAGAUCAACUGACAAUUUAUUGUACUUACCUACGUCAAUCGCACUCAUCUGAUAAAAGUUAAUAUUUACAAUUAUUCAGGAAACUGGAUUCACUAUGACGCAUUAUUAUAUUCGUGUUAAUUAUGAACAAGGAUAAAUUAUAAAUAUUUAAAACGUGAGUACAUCUACAAUGUUUUAAUUAGUAACCGUACCCAUGUGUUAUCUCCGUUUUACUAUAGCACACGACAAAGCAAAAUUACAUUACUUAAACAUAAAUUGUUACGCUUAAGUUACAAUUGAAGUUUAGUCAUAAAUAUUAAUACCUAUAAUACAGAGUUAAAACCAUUUAAAAAAAAAUUCAAAAACUAACCUGGCUAUAACUUUUUUGUAUAACAUUUGUUUUUAAACAAAUAGCUAUGUACAACCUUUCUUCGGUGUAUCGUGUAAUUUUUUUUCUUAUUAUGUGUGCCAAAUAUACUUUAUAAUGUUUAUAAUACUCGAUAAUUAUAAUUUAUAUUCAUAAAAACUCAUAAAAAACUCUUUGUGAAGAAAUGGGUUCGAAUCAUAGAUAGAUUUACUUUGAUACACAAAAUUAAAGUGGUUAUUAUGAAGUCAAGUAUUUAAUCGAGUUAUUGAAUUGAAAGAAGAAUUAGAAAAAUUUUUUGAACAAAAAACUCUCAUGUACAUGAGAGUUACAUGUACACGUGGAAUAAUUGUUUUUUUUUUUGAAUAAUAAUUAUACAAUUUAAAAGGUGUAUCUUUAAAUUAACUAAAAAUAUUAAACCUAAAAUAUUUAAUCGCUUAGCAAUAAGUAGCUUAUUUUAAUGAAAAUAAUUUGUUAAAAUGUCUGCCCAUUUCAUUAUUUUUCGCAACUUGUAAUAGCUAGUAAUAGUAAUAACAAUUUUUAUUUUCAAAUCUUUAUUAUUUAUUUGUGUUGUUGCAUAAGCCAUUUCUCAACGGGGAGGGGGAGAAUCCCUCUCUAGGGAGGAAUUCAGACACUACUUAAAGGGUUAUAUAGCUAUAAUGAAAUUGUAAUAAUAAAAUAUAAAAGGUGCAAAUUUACUAUAUCGAGAAUUAAAAACAAUGUAUCUCAAUUUUUUAAUUAAUAGGGACAUAAGAUUUUUGAAAAUCUAAAAGGGGAGCGUAGAAUAAACAAAUUUGAGAAACAUUGGCGUAAGCAAACAGCUUACUAAAUUUGUGUCACAUAUACAAUUACGGUUUUCUAAGUAAAAUAUAGAAUUGUUUAAAAUUUUUGAAAUUUUUAAUCGUUCUAGUCCAUACUACUUUAACACUAAAUGUCCACAUUUGAACGAUUUUAUUAACCAUUAUGCACACUUUUAAAUUACCACGCAUAACAUUUCUUUGUAAUUUACUUCAUCAAAAUCAUUCCCCAUUAUCUAACACCGUUAGUUACCUCAUUCAUUUCUUCGAUUGCUUCUUCUGUGAAUAGACUGAACAUAUAAGGCGACAAGGGACAACCUUGUCUCACACCUUUCCUUAUCUUAGCUUCCUUGGUUCCAUUUAUAUCUAUUACUGUUGCUUGUUCUUUGUAUAAUCUCAAAAUGAUCCCUCUGUCCUUACAGUCGAUUCCACUUUUUUUUAAUGUACUAAACAGCAAGAACCAAUCUACUUUGUCAAAAGCUUUUUCUUUAUCUAUGAAUUUUAUAUAUUUUAAGAGAUUUACAUCCAGUCUUCUUUCUACAAUUAGUCUCAGAGCCAAAAUCGCUUCUCAAGUUCCUCUCUCUCUCCUGAAUCCGAAUUGAUCUUCUCCAAGCUAUUUUUCUAUUUUCCCUUUUAGACUGUUUUUGUAACUAUAUCCAGAAAUCUUUUCCUGAUACUUUUUUCAAAUCAAUUUAACUUUUUUAAAUAAGUACAGCAUCUAAUGAAAUGUUUUUUUCUUCGGUGAAAAGAGUGAAAUCUUAACUUAAUUCAUUUAACUAUUAUUGCUGUUGAAAAUUUAAAAAACCGAUAAACUUGAUUUAAAUAAAAUAUUUUCUCAAAUGAAAGUUCGCAGAUACGAAUUUACUUAGGGAACACAAAUUAAGAACUGAUUAUGCAUGUUAAAAUAUACUUGCUAGUUAGAUGAUUUGUUUGUUUUCUUCCUUUAAUUAUCAUUUUAAACUUUUGAAUACAGUUGAAUCAUGUUAUAUUUUCAUGUGCUAUUAUUUUGUGUACUUAAAAAUGUAUAUUUGUAUUUAUAUUUUUUCUAUUUUGUUAUUAAGACAUAUAAUAAAAUAUAAUAUGCUGAAUCGAACACAUUUUUCAUUAAAAAUAAUACAAACAAAUAAUCUUAUCAUAAAAAUGUGUUAUUUUUGCUAGUAAUAGCAAAUCAAUGAUUGUACACAAGUGAUCAUAUGGCACAGCAAAAUUGGUCUACUUAAAAUGUAAAGCAUUUAUUUUAAAACUGAAAUGGCACCCCUGAGCCAAAUGCUACAUAUAUACACAUGACCUUCACACCGAUAUUAAAUCACAGAAACAUACAUUUUGACAGAAAUGGGUCGUCUGUUUGAAAACUAUUUUUUCGAAUGUCGUAUGUUCGAAAAGUAAUUUAUCCCAAAGGUAAUAUGUUCAAAAUUGUUUAAAAACGUAAAUAAUAUGGAAUCGUGGAUUUUAAUAAAUUUAAUAAAAUAUUUUAACUACAGUAUAAUAAAUAAAAAAAGACGAAUAUACUUCGCACGAUGGGUGGGCUACUGUUGUAGGUGAGAAGUUAGGAAGGUACAAAAUAUAAAGGGGAAUUUAUUAUAGUUAUACAAAAGAUUAAUCAUUGCUAACAAACAACUAUUCUGAGCCGUGUUUAGUUUUACAUGUUUUAAAAAGUCCAUAAUAUUUACGAUUUUCGUCAAAAAGUUAUAUAAAACUCUUAUAAAAAAAAAUACUAUAUUAAACUCAACUUUUUCUAAUUGACCACUCAGUACAACUUAUAAUGAACUUUCUUUUAAAUUUUCAAGCAUAUCUAUUUGGUCCAAAAAUUGUAUCUACAACCGAACAAAAAUUACAUAAAAUACUCGCAAAAAUUAAAAUGUCUAUAAACAACUCAAAAAUAGCUAAAAUGUUUUGAAAAUUUUACCACGUCUAGAAAAGGCAAAUAUAAAUUUUCUGUCUAAAUGAAGAACAUUUGAACUGAAUUACAAAAAAAAAAAAACAAAAUUGAAAAUAAUAAAAACAUAAAUUAUCCUGUUUUUCCUACAUUUUAUCCCGGUUUUUCCCUUUCCAAUUACUAUUAAAACUGCUUGGAAAAUUAAAAAAAUGAUCUCCAAGGUACAGACUAGAUAAAAUUCUCUUUCAGAAAAAAUUCGUAUUAUUUCUGUUUUUCGAACAUAUAAUCUUCCGGACACUUGAUGUUCGUACAAACGUUAUUUGAACACAUGACACGCUCCCAAUUUCGACAUCUACAUAUUUCCGUCCCAGAUCCACCAUAACAGUAUUAUCAUUUUCAGGUCGUCGAGCCAUUAACAUUAAACCAGGUCUUCCUGUACGAAUCUUGUCGGGAAAAAUGGCCGUCGACGGACAUCAAAGUGACGUACAACGUAGCAUUAGUGCUCAUUCAAGCCGUACUUCCCGCCACUGUUCUUCUAGUUGUUCAUAUUCGAAUUGCUGCCUACUUGCACGCGCACACGGCUUCUCAAAAAGACUCGAGGAGAGCACAGCGAGAACUCCAAAGAAACAAACGCACCACGCUGCUUCUUAUAGGUACAAUAACUCACUAUGAAAACAAUAUUAUAAAAUUAUACAAGAUACGCUUACAUGAGUGUACCUAACUAUGUAUUAAUUGCAUUAUUUCAACCAUGCACUCGAGAGUUCGUAAAACAUUGCAAAAUAUACAAGUUAAACACAGCUGAAAUUAGCGACUAUAUAUAUUUUAUUAAUAAUGUGCGCACGUUAACGUCAUAAAUUUAAUACGUUUUCAACUAUUACACAAACCUACGUACAUAACAUGUAUUCAUCAAAUUUCCACCGUCUUCUCGUUUACCGAGAACGCGUUAACUUGAGCUGCAGUGUUAUGAAAUUAUUAAAGAUUUUAGAAUAAGUACAUAUUUAAUUAAUGAACUUUCUAAGUACAAAGAUCUUACAUACAAAAUAUACGCAUAGAAAACUAACUAAUCGAAUCGCAAUAACAAACACAUGUUGUCCGCAUUUACGCAUACAAAGUAAUGUAUGUCACCAAAAGUUUCGUUUCAGGUUAAAUCAAUUCAGACGUAGGUAUUCGUUAAAUCGUAAUAAUAACCCUUGAAACAUCCGUACAUGUACGAGUAUUUCGAACCUACUGUGGGUUGUGAAUCUAGGCCAGUAUUCGGUGCGUAUCAUAAGCGACGGUGACACAAAGUUAUUCUUAAUACGUAUGUAUUCUUAGGUAUGUUUUUUAAUUCAAACGGAAUAGUUAUGGCCACGAGACAGUGCGCAUGCGUAUAAAUAACACGAUAUAAGAUACGAUUGUAUCUAUAAGAUAGAUACGUGAUUUAACAAGAUACUACCGAUUAUAGUAACGCGUUAUGAUGGUUCUUGCUGCAGGUGUAGCCGUCGUGUUCACCGUCAGCUGGCUGCCGCUGUCGCUGUGUUCGUUGGCUGCCGACCUGAUGACCCCGCAAACGUCAGCCUUCACGAAGGUGACCACCAAACAGGUAAUCCUGCCGCUGGCCAUUUGUCACUUGAUCGCCAUGACGUCGGCGGUGUCCAACCCGAUCAUCUACGGCUGGAUGAACUCCAACAUCCGGAAUGAACUGUAUCAACUAGUGUACACGAAAAUCUUGAGGCGCCAGCCGGACAACCGGUCCACGGUGACGGCCACGACGGCCGUCCGGAACCGGACCAGAGCCAUGAUCACGUACAACACGUCCAAUUACAUGCCCGGCAGUCAAGAAGCGUUCUCCAGAGGAGUCACGGUCCUCUAGGCGGACCGUAAGCACCGCGCAAAGGCCGGAUCACUGAGGGCCCGGGGAGCCCAGCGGCCGAACUUGAACUUUUGUAUCUCAAACGUUUUUAACGAUCGUUUUAUACACCGCAAUAUUACAAAUGAUGAUGCGGCGGGCCCUUUACGUACGCAGACGUGCUCUCCCUCCCUUCAUUUUCCACCCCUUAAUCCGAGCUUGACUAUGACGACAGCAACGCCUCGCCGUGGCGUUUCAAGAAGUGUUUUUUUUUUUUUUUUCAUUUAAGCUAAGCAUUUUUACUCUCGGAAAUUUCCAUUACCGUAUGUAUUAUAAUGAUAAUAAUGUUACCUAAAUUUGUGAAACACGAAUGUUUAUUAUAAUAUUAUUAUAAACGAAUACAUCGAGUAGCGCGCGCGCGAUUAGCUGUAGUGUUUUACGAAAUUAUUAAUACGCGUACCUCUUAAUUGUUGUAAAAUUGUAUUUGUCUCUCCUCGUCUAAACUUCUAUAUUAUAAUUGAUUACAAAAUCGAUACUGUCAUUUCACGCUUUUUGUAUGAAUAUUUGAAUCGAUAUGAUAAUAUAUAAUAUACCUGUAUAUAAUAUAUUUAAUGACGGUCCUUAUCAUAUACAUAGAUGGGGAAAUUUAUUUUUCAGUUUUUAUCAGGCUGCCCUCAGAAUUUAUUCGAAUCUAUAAAAAAAAAAAAAGAUUCACAUUAAGUUUCAUAAACAUUGGUCAAAUUUAAGAUGUACCUCAGACCGGAUAAAAUUCCAAAAAAAAUAUGCUUUCUUGGUCUUUCGCAAUUACGAUCUGAAAUAUGUAUAUAUAAUAAGUAAAAACCGCAUAAAAUAAAAUAUUUUUUGAAUCAAAUAAAUAAUUGAUACUUAUAAUUUUUCAUUAAGCCACUCAUUUACUCACAAAAUAACACAACUAAUACAAAAAUGAGCUUUUAGUUUUUUAGGUGAAUGAGUUGUGUAUCGAAAAAAACAUAUGAAACAGUUUUAUUAGGAAAUUUAAUUUUAAAAAUAUGUUGUUCUAUGCAUUUUUUGCUUAACAUAAAUAUUUUAUGCCGUAAUUUCAAAAAUCUUAGAACACCCUUUUUUUAAACUUUAUCCUUCUAGAUAAGGUUGACCAAUUAUCACAAAACUUAACACUUUUUAUUUUUGUAUUAGUUUUGAACAAGUUUUGAGGGUAGCCCGAUUAAAUAAAAAAAAAAUGUCUACACCUUAAUAUGUGACACAUCAAUAGAACACUUACCACCUAGAACUAACUACCCUGAAGUAAAAAAAUGUUCACACAACUCCCCCCCUCCUCAUUAACAUGGAUACAUUGAUACUUAAACAUUUUUUGUAAAAAAUUACCACCUAAACUCAUUUAAAUUUUCACGCUAGAGGCAAUUUAACUUUUCGCCCAUCCCCCUCUAAAUGCGCCAUUGUAUAUAAAUGAUAUAAUGCGAAUACGAUGUUACUGUGUCAAUGACUAUAAAUUGUGUAAUGUUAAUACCUAUUAUAAUAUAAGUAUAUUAUUCAGCAUUUUGUUUAUUGUAAUUUUUUUUACCGAUAAUUCGAAAAAUCGUUGAAAAAAUGUGAUCCGUAUUAUUCAACAUAGAAUUUUAGAAAUACGAAAAUUCUAUUGUAAUAAUAUUAUUAUGUUUUAUCGCUUAUUUAUACCGACUCGUUUUAAUCAUUUUGUUCG